CUUCCCCGGGAAUGUUUUCCUCGAGAUGUCAGCCUGCAAGGGACACAAGCUCUCUUCCUCAAAUUCCUGCCCAAAAUGUCCUUCCCCAACAGCUCUCCUGCCGCUAAUACUUUUUUAGUAGACUCUCUCAUCAGUGCGUGCAGGAGUGACAGUUUCUACUCCAACAGCGCCAGCAUGUAUAUGCCACCUAGCACAGACAUUGGGACUUAUGGGAUGCAAACCUGUGGACUCCUACCGUCUCUGGCUAAAAGAGAAGUUAAUCACCAAAAUAUGGGUAUGAAUGUACAUCCUUAUAUACCUCAAGUAGACAGUUGGACAGACCCGAACAGAUCUUGUCGAAUAGAGCAACCUGUUACACAGCAGGUCCCCACUUGUUCCUUCACUACAAAUAUUAAAGAAGAAAGCAAUUGCUGCAUGUAUUCCGAUAAGAGAACCAAACUCAUUUCUUCAGACGUCCCUUCCUACCAGAGGCUGGUGUCUGAAUCAUGCCCCAUUGAGAACCCCGAGGUUCCCGUCCCAGGAUAUUUUAGACUGAGCCAGACCUACGCCACUGGGAAAACCCAAGAGUACAAUAAUAGCCCCGAAACGAGUUCAACUGUAAUGUUACAGUUAAACCCUCGCGGCAGCUCCAAACCGCAGAUAUCUUCUCAACUUCAGAUGGAAAAGAAAAUGAAUGAAAACCCGAACAACCAAGACAGCGCAGCUAAAGUCUCUCAAGUGGAAAGUCCCGAGCCCAAGUCCACGUUGCAAGACGAGAGGAGCUGCCUGCCCGAAGGCUCCGUGUCCAGCCCAGAAGUCCAGGAGAAGGAGAGUAAAGAGGAAAUCAAGUCUGAUACUCCAACAAGCAAUUGGCUAACUGCAAAGAGUGGCAGAAAGAAGAGGUGUCCUUACACUAAGCACCAAACACUGGAAUUAGAGAAAGAGUUCUUAUUCAAUAUGUAUCUCACUCGAGAGCGCCGCCUAGAGAUCAGUAAGAGCGUAAACCUCACUGACAGGCAGGUCAAGAUUUGGUUUCAAAACCGCAGAAUGAAGCUCAAGAAGAUGAGCAGGGAGAACCGAAUCCGAGAACUGACCGCUAAUCUGACCUUCUCUUAAAGCCUAACCCUGGGGGUGGAAACAGUGAGAAAUGGGCACAGCACCACCAGUUGCUAAAUGCAGGAGAGACUCUGGCAGAACCCGUCAUUUUCCUUUUUUUUUUUUUUCCUUUUUUUUUUUUUUUUUCUGGUAGAAUGUGACUCUUCGUCCUUCUUUUAGCGCUGCAAGUGAAUAUGUAUUACUAUGACGAGUAUAUAUAAAACCUAGCACGUGUAAUUUAUUUUUGUUCUCAUCGUAAUGCAGGGUAACUAUUAUUGAAUAUUAUCAUUUGGUCUUAACUUAUUGGAACUGUCGAACAUCCAAGCAAUGUGACUUUUUCAUGUUUUUACUAACAAAAUGGUAUUUAUGUGGGGCUGUUACACGGGCCAUAACAUUUUGAGUACAUUCAAUACUUUAAGAAAAAGGGGGGAAAAACUUUGGGGGCGGGGGGAAAGAGAAGCACAUUAUAAUGUAACUAUCCUCGCAAAUGAACUUAGAGAUUGUCCUUCGUAAAAUGGAAUAUUUCAUUCUUCUCCAUUGUAGACAUUUUCUUGUGGUGCAUAUGUGGAAUAGUAGUCGUUCAGCAGCAAUAUGUCCUUCUUGUGCAUGUUCUGUUCGCAUGUAUAAUGCAAUAAACUCUGUAAACUACUGCGGUUCCUUUGGUUUUCUACAAACGUUUGAAGUACGGCUGCAGGUUGGUUUCCUGAUUUUUCCUUAUCAGCAGCUCUUUGGACUGAUGUACAUUCUUGCCUUCUUGUCCAUUUUCUGGUCUUUGUGUGUGUCUGCCUGCUUUUCUUUCUUUCUUUUCUU